AUGGGUGAGGACACCAUGGAUACAGCCGAGGGCGGCACAGACGCGCCAGCGGCCGAAACAGCGCCAGCUGAGGAACCUGCUGGAGACGCUGAGGCCAAGGAUGCCCCUGAAAUGGAGGGGCAGGAAGAUGAGGAUGCCCCCGGCGGAACUGCGCCUGCCGAGAAUACAGAGCAGGAGCCGAAGGAAGAAGAGGAUCAAACAAUGGAGCCCAAGGAGGAGAACGGAAUGGAUGAUGCCGUCAAAGAUGAAGGCGACGGAGAAGCCGACGCUGAAGGAGCUGAAGGAGAAGGAGACGAGCCUAAGGAAGAAGCCAAGGAGGGGGAAGAGGAAGGCGACGUCGAGAAGGUUGACAAGCUUAGUAUGUCACUGGACGACUUGAUUGAUGCUGAUCGCCGAGCGUCGAAGGGCGGCGGCAAAGGGCGAUGGAGCAGCGGAGGAAGACAAGGAGGUGGAGGUGGAAACUGGAAGCAAAGUUGGUCCAAAGAUGACAACUGGAAGGACAAGGGUGACUCCAAGGACUGGAAGAGCGGCACCUCCAAAACUGAUGACUGGAAGGACAGUAGCUGGAAGAAGAAGGACGACUGGAAGGACACCGACAAGUGGGGUUCUGGAUCCAAAACUGCCGACUGGAAGAAGGAUGGAAACGACUGGGGGGGAAGCGAUUGGAAGAGCAAGGGAAGCGACUCUUAUGGCAGCGGAGGUGGAAAGUCGUGGGACUGGUCUGGCAGCAAAUCGUGGGACAAGACCUCGUCGUAUGAUAAGUCCUACGACAAGUCCUACGACAAGUCCUAUGACAAGUCCUAUGACAAGUCCUAUGACAAGUCCUAUGACACAUAUGACAAGUCCUACGACAAGUCAUAUGACAAGUCCUAUGACAAGUCCUACGAUAAGUGCACGCCUCAGACAUCUGUAAUCACGUGCGCAAUCCUUUUCGCGAUGGGUGUGUCAAGCCCAGGAGUGGCGGCUACGGGGGCUGGAUUCUUAGCGUCGCCGCCAAAGGGCAGGCGGCAAUACUGCUAUUGCACAAGUCGGAGCAUUGCAAUUUGA